AGAAAAAUUCGUUAAGGAUUUUUUGGCCAAACAUGAAAAACACUAGACGGUUGUUCAAUAGUUGUUAGAUAGUUGUUAUAGUAAUGUAUUUAUGUAUCAAUUGUUAGUUUUAUGUAUUGUAGGGUAGCCAGAAUGAAUUGGUGUGGAUGUUUUUUGGUGUACGGGUAGCGUAUGAAGGUAUUUUUGGUGUACGGGUAUUUGUUUUUUAUCAGGUUGUGCUUGAUAUAAAGAAAUUUUUCAGCUGGAGCUCAUCGCCUUUUAUACUUACUACUCAUCAAGAUGUCGGCCAUUUAUAAAGCUUUGCAAGGUAAAAGCAGUAAAGAACAAUCGGAUAAGACCAAACAUAUCAACAGACAAAGACUUCUUGUUAUUUCGUCUCGUGGGGUUACUUAUCGUCACCGUCAUCUUAUUAAUGAUUUAACAUCAUUAUUACCCCAUGCCAGAAAAGAACCAAAAUUUGAUUCCAAAAAAAACUUAUACCAGUUAAAUGAAGUUGCAGAAUUAUAUAAUUGUAAUAACAUUUUCUUUUUCGAGCUGAGAAAACAUCAAGAUUUAUAUUUAUGGAUUCUGAAACCACCAAAUGGUCCUACUUUAAAAUUUCAUAUUCAAAAUUUACAUACUUACGAUGAGUUGAAUUUCACUGGUAAUUGUUUAAAAGGUUCAAGACCAAUCUUAAGUUUUGAUAAAUCUUUCAAUAAUCUGGAUCAUCAUCGUUUAUUAAAAGAAUUAUUCACUCAUUGUUUUGGGGUUCCUCCAAACGCAAGAAAAUCAAAACCUUUUAUUGAUCAUGUCAUGACUUUCAGUAUUGUUGAUAAUAAAAUUUGGGUUCGUAAUUAUCAAAUUAAUGAAACCGAAAACUUGAAAGAAAAUAAGGAUGUUAAUAUCGAUGAUGAAUUAUCUCUCGUUGAAAUUGGUCCUAGAUUUGUUUUAACCUUAAUUACAAUCUUAGAAGGCUCUUUUGGUGGUCCAAAAAUUUAUGAAAAUAAAGAAUACGUUAGUCCUAAUUUCAUUAGAGCUCAAGUUAAACAACAAGCUGCUGAUCAAGCUAAAGCUAGACAUACUGCUGCUUUAGAAAGUAAAAUUAAAAAGAGAAAUAAUGUCUUAAAAGCUGAUCCUUUAUCAAAUGAUUCUCUCUUCAAAUAAGUGUAUAUCUACUUCAUCCAUUAAUAUAUCUGUAUCCAUUACUACUCA